AUGCUUCAUAAUUAUUCAAUUUCUGGAUUCAAUCUUCUCAAAAUAUUGUGUACUGCUCCUAAAGUAUGGACAAGCGUGAGAUGUAUAAGUUAUGAUGAAAAUAAAAGACAAAACUUUUUCUUCAGACAGCUGUUUGACACAGUAAGUAGCACAUAUACUUAUCUCUUGGGUGAUGUGAAAACAUGUGAAGCGGUGCUAAUUGAUCCAGUGUUAGAACAUGCUGAAAGAGAUGCCACAUUAGUAAAGGAGUUAGGAUUCAAGUUGAUUUAUGCAAUGAACACCCACAUGCAUGCAGAUCAUGUGACAGGCACAGGAAAACUCAAAUCACUCUUGCCAGGUACAAAGAGUGUCAUUGGAAAGGCAUCUGGUGCCCAAGCAGAUAUCCAUCUCCAUGAUGGAGACCUGGUAAAGUUUGGUGAAUACCAGCUGUUAGCUGCCGCAACGCCAGGCCACACAAAUGGCUGUUUGACUUACAUUUGUCAUCAGCAGGCUAUGGCUUUCACUGGCGAUACUUUACUCAUACGCGGCUGCGGCAGAACCGACUUCCAAGAAGGCUCCUCUGAGAAGCUGUACCAGUCGGUGCACACCAGGAUCUUCACUCUACCGGAUCACUACACGCUGUUCCCAGCGCACGACUACAGGGGUCAGACAGCUACAACCGUUGGCGAGGAGAAGGAAUACAAUCCGAGAUUGACCAAGUCUCUGAAGGAGUUUGUUCAUAUAAUGGACACAUUAAAUCUGCCUUACCCAAAGAUGAUCGACAAAGCUUUACCAGCAAAUAGAGUGUGUGGACUAUAU